AUUAUCUCCGAUAUAUUUUCUUUUGUCUACCCCUUAUUAUCGGAAAUUGUAGCUUUGGGACAAAUUCAUUCUUAACUUGUUACCUAACCUGGUAAUUAUAAGUACUCAAUUUACUGGUAAAUGCGAAAAUAGAGGACCAAGUGAUAGUCGAAAAUGUCAAGUGCUGUCAGAAUGGUGAUUGUUGUUGUUGUUGUGUUUGUUAGGUGUGCGCUGUGACUGCAAAGUUAGCUAUCAAGAGAUGAAACUUUGGGUGGAUAAGUUGUGUAACAAUGGCUGAUGGAGAAAUUGUAUUGCAUCGGCGCGUACACUCUAGAAAGCGCAGAUCCACUGAAACUAAAAGAGAGAUUCAUCAGGCGUCUAAGAAACAAGAUCUCGAGGAUAAAGAUGUUCCAGAACCAGUACAUGUAGGCUGUGAACCAAAUAAUUGGCUUUCUAACUCAUUUGUGAAGAGCCCAAGUGGUUUUAAACACAAGUCAUUUCAUCAGUCCAGUAUCAGAAAACCCAGCCAAGUUGAGGUUAACAAAGACAGUCCUGGUAACGCAUGUUUCAAGAUUUGCACAAGUCCGCCUCUUAGACGUUCUCCUCGAACCCCCACUCCUAGUAGUGCUGGUUCUCUGCAGGACAGGAUAAAGCAACGGCUGCAAAAAAAUGCACUUGUCCAAUCACCCACUCUGUCAGAGCAAAAGAAAGAGUUGCAAGAACAGAUGAUCUGUCAGGCCCAGCAGGAUGCACGUGAGCUGCAUGAACAAGUCAGCGACACAGAUAUUGGGCCAUUUUUUGGAUUGCCAACUAAAGUGCAACGUCUUAUCGAAGAACACAGAGGAAUUAAGAAGUUAUAUGACUGGCAGACUGAGUGCUUGAAUCUACCAGCAGUAAAGGAAGCCAAAAACUUAAUCUAUUGUCUACCAACAAGUGGUGGGAAAACAUUAGUGGCGGAAAUUCUCAUCCUCAGAGAACUACUCUGCAAGAAACGAGAUGCUCUGCUUAUUUUACCCUUUGUCUCAAUAGUCCAAGAAAAGGUGCGUAACCUAUCAGCCUUGGCCGUGGAACUGGGCUUCCUGGUAGAGGAAUACGCUGGUAGUAAAGGCAGAUUCCCACCUAUCAAAAGACAGAAGUCCAAGUCUCUGUACAUAGCCACCAUAGAAAAGGCUCACUCCCUGGUGAACAGUCUGCUGGAACAUGGCAGGAUCAACAACGUGGGGCUGGUUGUUGUGGAUGAGUUACACAUGCUGGGAGACCGAGGAAGUCGAGGAGCUACCUUAGAGAUGACACUGGUUAAAUUACUCCAUGCUUGUGAACAGACGCAGAUUGUUGGGAUGAGUGCGACAUUAAGUAACAUCAGUGAUUUUAAGACUUUUCUCUCAGCUGAUAUGUACACAAAUAACUUCAGACCGGUGGAGUUGACUGAGUAUAUUAAGGUUGAAGACACAAUAUACAGAGUGAACAAAGAUACUUUAGAUCCUUCAAAACAGCUAGAGCAUGAACGAGUUGUCAUGUUCCAAUACACAGCUGACAUGAAGCGCCUGGACUCUGAUCAGUUGUUUGGACUAGCAACAGAAGUCAUCCCCCAGCAUUCCUGUCUGGUGUUCUGUCCUACCAAAAAAAACUGUGAGAAUGUGGCCACAAAUCUCUGCAAGAUGAUGUCACGCUUCAAACGGUCACUAGCAGAGCACAAACGUGCAGAGAGGAAGGUACUAUUACGUGAGCUCCAUGAUGAGGGGAAUGGUAACAUCUGCCCUGUGUUACGGUACUGUGUACAGUUUGGGGUGGCUUACCAUCACAGUGGACUGACGAUGGAUGAGAGGAAACUGAUAGAAGAAGCCUACUCUGAUGGUGUGCUCUGUCUCCUCACUUGUACCUCCACUCUGGCUGCCGGGGUCAAUUUACCAGCCAAAAGGGUGAUUUUACGUCUACCAUACGUAGGUCAGCAAUUCCUGAGCAGGAGUCAGUACAAACAGAUGGUGGGUCGAGCAGGCAGAGCAGGAAUAGAUUCCACAGGAGAGAGCAUCAUGAUUACACCUCACGCAGACAAGAAGAAGGUGCAUGACCUACUCUUCAUGGGUGUGGAAGGCUGUUACAGCAGUUUGAUGUACAAUGAAGGAAAGGGGCUGCGUGGUCUUAUUCUAUCAACAAUUGGGCUCAAGGUUACGCCAAAUACUCUAUCUCUGGCUGAGUUUAUGCAGAAGACAUUGCUGAACAAGCAGAAUGAAGUUCUGAAGUGUGAUGUGGCACAGGCCAUGAUGGAUGCCUUGGAGAAUCUUAUAGAGUUAGGCCUGGUGCAACAGAAGAAAGAUGACUGCAGAAAUGGCCAAGAAGAUGUCCGGUUUUUGGAGGUCACUCCUCUGGGAAAAGCUACAUUCAAAGGAUCUGUUGACCUUGAAUACAGUCAGAGAUUGUACAAUGACCUUCAGAAAGCCAAGGACUCACUGGUUCUGUCCAAUUAUCUGCACCUUUUAUUCCUUGUGACUCCUUAUGAGACUGGUGUUGAGAUCAAACCAUGUUGGAUGACGUACUUCACACAGAUGAACAAUCUGGAUCCCACAGAGCUGCGUGUGGCAGAUCUGAUAGGUGUGCCUGAGGGAUACAUUGCUAAGAUGGCCUCUGGUCAGUCUAGGCGACAGAGUGUGGACAGUCUGACAGUGAAGAGGUUCUACCUGACACUGAUGUUGUAUAACCUGUGGAAGAAGAAGACAAUAUGGGAAGUGGCAGCCAUCUUCCAGCAGCCGCGUGGCUUUUUACAGAAUCUCCUGACUGGGGCAGCCAGCUUUGCAUCCUGUGUCUUUCAUUUCUGCCAGGAAAUAAAGGAAUUUUGGGCAUUUCCAGAUCUGUUAUCAAACUUUAUAAAAACACUAUCCUAUUGUGUCUCUCUGGAACUUCUGCCAUUAAUGGAAAUCCCAGGUGUUAAGCAGGGACGAGCCAAACAGCUACUUAAUGCAGGUUACAAGUCUCUGUCCUUGGUAGCCCAGGCUGACCCAGACAAGCUAGUGAAGAUCAUAGAGAACUUCCCCAGGCGACAAGCUAAGCAGGUUGUAGCCUCUGCUAAGAUUUUACUGAAUGAGAAGUUAGAGGCUAUGUUGGGAGAGUAUGAAGAUUUGAUGUCAAUUCCCAUGACUUUACCAGACAAUAAGGUGACAGCAGAAGGCCAGAUGUCCAAGCCUACAGGGACUGUACAGAACAAGGAACAAACCUCACCAGCAAUGAGCUGGAUAUCCAACAUUUCUCAAUCAGCUAGUCAGGAUUCAGUAAGCUAACCCCUGCACCGUGUGGAAGUGGAAGAGACCAGUCAAGAGCUGGAUAUCAAACUUCUUUUCAAUCAGCUAGUCAGGAUUCAUUGAGCUAACCCCUGCACCGUGUGGAAGUGGAAGAGACCAGUCAAGAGCUGGAUAUCAAACACUUCUGAGCUGGGCAGUCAGGAGUCAGUGGUCUCACCUUUGUAGAUACUGACUGUCUGACAGCAUAUUAAGUGACCUCUCCAGUCAUAAUAAGCUGACUAUCAAACCUCUCUCUGCUGGAGGGUCGAAAGACAAUGGUAAAAGAACUGAAAGGGAACUCACAAGUCAUGUCCUGGAUUUCAAACAUUUCUCAGCUGAGAACUUGGGAAGUAGUGAGCUAACCUUUGCAGACACUCACGGUUUCAGAGCAGAAAUGGACCUAAAAGUUGCAUUUAUGACCUGGAUAUCUACAGUAACAUACAUGUACAUGUAUCUCAGAUGAGGACUGUGGCGAGACAGGAGUCGGUAGACUGAUCUUUACUUAUACUGUACUGAAGCAGAAGGGGACCUUAAAAGCCAUAAACUGGAAAUUAAAAAUCUCUUUCAGUGAGUCAGGCAUCUCUUUGCAGACAAUGACUGUCUUGAGAGCAGAAAGGGACCUCACCAGCCAUAUUAAGCAGGAUAUCAAACAUUUCUCACCUGUGGAGGUAGGACUCACCAGCCAUAUUGAGCAGGAUAUCAAAAAUUUCUCACUUGCAGAGCACCGGACUCACCUGCCAUUUUUAAGCAGGAUAUCAAACAUUUCUCAGCAGCGAAGCUCGGACUCACCUGUCAUGUUAAGCAAGAUGUCAAACCUGUGUUAGCCACAAAAGUCAGGAUUCAUCGGAUUGACAUCUGCAGAAACUGUACAGAAGCACCCCAUCUGGAUUUCAAACAUUUCUUGGCCAGCUGAUCAAGAUUUAUCAGAGUAAAGAAAGUGUGGUUUUUAGAUACAUGAACACUAACGAAUGACCUCAUUGAGAUACAUGAAUACUAACCAGUGACCUCAUUGAGAUACAUGAACACUAACCAGUGACCUCAUUAAGAUGCAUGAACACUAACCAAUGACCUCAUUGAGAUACAUGAACACUAACCAGUGACCUCAUUGAGAUACAUGAACGCUAACCAAUGACCUCAUUGAGAUACAUGAAAACUGUAUCCAUUUUGCCCAUCUAAGGAGUCAAUGUUAAAGAUUCUGACGACUUCAUCAGCUUAUAUAAUUUACUUGCUGGAACUGAAGAAACAAAUGGUUGUGUAUGAACUUGAUAUCAACUAAUUAACAAUGCUGUAUGUGCGAACUGUAAAUGGGACAGUAUACAUGUACAUGUACAUGUGAGGUUUUCGGGACCACUGUUACAUACUUACAUAUGAAAUUUUCAGAGGGAAUGAGUGUCUUGUCUUAUUUUUAAGUCUGUUAACUUUAAACUAUUUCUGGUAUGUGUAUGGAUAUGUGUAAUGUAGUACUUUUAUGAUACGUCAGCAUGUACAUAGUUUGUUACCGUAUGUUGAACCCCUGUAGCUCUACUAUAUUUUCUGUGAUAUGCUUUUUGCAAAGUGAUUUAUUGUUUUUGAGCUGAAGGUUCAAAUAAGUUUAUUUCAUUGAACUUUUAUAUGCUGUUUAUAAUCUUCACUGAUGAAGUCGAAUACAAAACAAGAAGAUAACAUUUGAGUUUCAUGUCAUCCUUUUCAUGAUAGGGCGCUUACUGACUCAUUGGCAUAAAGGUCUAUUUUUGACCAAUGAUGUCGCAGCUUUGACUCCAGCUGCCAGUCCUUUGACAGUGGCUUGAAAUCAGGAUUUUAGUUUGUAUCAUGCGAAGGGAUAUGGGUUACUUGCAGAUCUCAUUUUCCCUCCACACUCAAACAUUAUUUUCAUCAUAUAUUAGUAAAUAAUAUUUCCUGAGUAUGACACAAGUCAUACAAUUAAACAAUUCUCUUUUUCAAAUUAUUAAGUAGAAAUAACACACAGUACUGGUAUUUUGGAAAAACGUAUAGAAAACCAACAUUGUCUUGAACCCAUACCGCUUAGGGUUGGCCAACACACUGACUGACUGGAUAAUUAAACGUGAGGAUUGAAAUCUUUCACCAGCUGUUAGUUUUGCUCUGAUUCGUGCUGAUCAGUUACCUUGAGAAAAACAGUGUGGUGGCUGGGAACUUGUCUCUGACUUUAUAUCUGGAGUCAUGAAGUUUUAUGGGAAUUUCAAAUUCAUUUCCUAGUGAACACAUGAAUGUUAAAAGGCAAAGGAAGUUCAAAGUGAAUGAACAAGUUUUAGGUGGAGCUUCUCCCCAAAGCGGUCGCUGUGGGUUCAAGCCGAGCUCAUGUUGGCAUCUCUUGUUGCACGUGGAAACUUGAAGAUGGCCGUGCGUUUUAGCAAGGCUGUGCCCACCUUCCUUCCAGCAUAAUGCUGACUAUCAUCGUGUAAGCAUAUUCUCCAGUACGACGUCAAACACCAAUCAAAAAAGUUUCUAUGAAGUUAUAAUAUGAACAGAAUCAUUUGUGCAUCGAGUUCCAUGUGAGUGUAACCUACCUCGUUGCACAGUGUUUAUGUAUUUGAUGAGAAUACCAAAAGGCCUAUACAGCUAUAAUCUGACAGUUUAGUUUCCUGUCCUUCUGACUGUAGUGUUGAUGUACCAUCAGAAGCGCAGAAGUUACCAAUCAAGCUCAGUUAAGGUUAGCCUCCUGUCACAAUUAACAAGACGCUCUCUUUUCACUUUAAGUAGCGUUCAGUGAGAGAUGUGUGAUGGAUAUAUCAUCAACUUAAUUGUAUUCCCGAAUUUCUGGUUUUCAAAGGGAAAACAAACUUUUGCAUGACUGGUUACAGGGAAUUGGAGAUUGCGGCGUGUUACUUUUGUCACGAAUUGUUUCAUGAUGUGCAUUCAGGAAAUGAAAAUACCGGGCUGUAAAUGAAAAUUCCGGGCUGUAAAUGAACUCUGCUUUGAAAUAAAUACUAUUGUAUUGAUAGAUUAAUCAGCAGAGUGAUAUCUGAAUUGACAAUUCAACCAUUGUCGUUUUACUAGCGACAUAUAAUUAUAUGCAAGAACAUGUAGCACCAAUAUUCUAUUAAAUCAUUCCAGAUUGUAUUAAAUGUUAUAUUAAACAUGUUAUUGUACAUACAAAUGUUAAACUAACAGCAUAUAAUGUUGAAUAUGACACAGAAUUCUACUGUAAUAACAGAAUACAUUCUGAAAUGACUCAAUCAACCGACUUGCUGUCAAAAUUAUGUGGUUAUUUUUAUUGUAGCUCAUAUACGUGUGCAUUGAAGUUAACAUACGCAUGUAUAUAGCUAAUCUGAUUUCUUACGUUAGGAACGCUACAUUUAUUGUAUUUUCAAAAACAUACCUUGUUUUGAUUCGUGCAUGGAUGGAUGCCUCAUGUCAGCUGAGGCUAGACAAAGAAACAUCUGAAGAAAAUAUGUAUUCGAUAAGUUCUCCAAAGCAAUGUCAUAGAGACAUACCUUUUUCCCCCUCAGGUAUAUAUGUAGGUAAUGUUAUAUUUGCACUGACUGUCCGAAGUUUGAAUGCUUUGAAGAAGAUUAUACACCUUGGAUGUCUCGCAUAUAUUGACAAACAUAUUUUCCUUGUAUAUUCUUUGUAUAUGCACUACCGAAGGUUGCGAGUUAAAUUAAAUUCGACUGGGAUGUUUAGAGACUAAUUGGAACACGAGUGCACGUUACUGUAUUUGUGAAUUUAAAGGCAAAGACCACUUUAAAACGAUGAAUAGGCCUCUAUCGUUUCAAGGUCAUAUCAGCGAAUGCAUUCAUAGAUCUAUAUGUAUAUGCAUUUUGAAUGAUGAAAUGUGGCAGUCUGCAAUGCGUGUUGCGAAGCAAAAACCUUAAGUGACGACACUGGUCCGAUAAUGGUCAGAAAAGGCCACCACAGAACAAAAUAUUCCAAUACAUUUUAGUUACUAGGUUAAGCAAAAAAUGUAACUAUUUUCCUGGACAGCUUUAAAUGGUCUUUCACCUGAUACAUACUUCAUUUUAGUAUUUUCUUUUCCUUUAAUUUCUUUCAAACUUUCUUCAAAACGUAUGGAUUAAACUUGAUCGUGACAUAGUGGGAACCUUAAUGCGAUUGCUUUAGGGCCCAGGAAUACAGCUAUACGACAUUAAAUGCUUAUUGUUCUUUAUCGCUUUAUCACCACACAAAAUUCUGUUAGGGCCUACCAAGAAAAUAAAAAUAAGUUAAAAUCUAACUGAAAUGUGUAGACAAAUAAGCAUAUUUGUGCAAAUUGGGAAGAAGACGUCUACAAAACCAUUGGUCAGGUCCCUCACGAAGCCUCUGAGCUUGCUACAUUCGACACAGCGAUUUCAUUGCUCAAGGGAGAAAUAAAGUAAUUGUAUGAAAGUACACAGGAAUGGCUUAUCCAUGUCAUAUAUGCGCAACACUUCAUAAAAUCUAUCAAAGAAUAUGUCUGUCUUGAAUGUGGCGUUAAACA